AUGGGUUUUCCUCUAGGAUUAUACCCAUAUCGCGUAACAGCGUAUUAAAUUGCUUCAUUAAGACCACAAAUUUUGACAACAAAAUCUCGCACUCCUCACACGAACUGUGUUUUUGAUACAAUUUUGUUGAAUAGUGUAUCAAUUAAUUGAAAAUUGCACGUGAGACGACACAGUUUUGAUCUGAGCAGUUCACUCUGUAUAAACAAUUGAACGUAUAUGGCCGCAUUUACUAGGAACAUCUGGAUAAUUCAGAAGUGUUGAACGACUCAGAACACUAUUACAGAUGAAGAUAAUUCCAUUGUGAUGGGGCACUGCACAUUUCAGUCGACACAGUACCUGAACGAGUAAUUCCCUGACCGAUGGAUUGGUCGUGGUGGCCCGCAGAAGUGGCCUCUGCGGUCACUGGGUCAUUAGACCUCGGUCCCCGAGAUUUCCACGAAAGAACGUGUUGAUAAUUGGACGUAUUAAAUAAGAUACAUUUACAUUUCUUGUUCUCUUCAGGGCCAGAUGGUUUUAAUUACAGGAGACUACCAUUAUGAACUGACGGAGUGUGAUCUGCAGAAGGGACGCUGGCGAGUUCAAGUUCCCAGCUCUGGCAUGUGUACCGACAGCAGCCCCAGUCCAGCAACAAGAAUCAAUAAUUGCAAAAUAUCAUGCGAGGCUGGGUAUUAUUUUGACUUGGGAGACCUGACAUGUCGUAUGUGUCGCCCAGGAACAUUUUCCUUGGGUGGAGGAGUUCUGUUUGACACAUGGGAUGAAUUACCAGAAGGAUUUUUUACGCAGGUCGAAUCAUUCCGUUCCUCCUUCAGUUCGCUUGUCAGAUACGGUAGCGAAGUCAACUGUAGCAAUUAUGGUUGGCAACCAAGAGGUGACUUUAUAGCUUCCUCAGGAGGCUCAUGUGCCGCAGCACUUACGUACACCGUGCAUCUUGUGAGACCUGGAAACCUGUCCUAUCUGUAUCAGUAUUCUGACAGGGAUAUCAUCUUUGACUUUGAGGCCCAGAAUGAUCAGUGUCAGUCCAUUCAGGAUUCAAAAGAGUAUCGUUGGCCGUCAUUAACUCGCGAAGGUGAAUGGAAGCAGCAGACUGUUCAUCUGAAGACUGGUCAGAAUGUUCUUCAGUGGAAAACAAUUGGAAUGGACGUACAUCAAGGAAAACCAGUGUUAAUAAAGUCAAUUGAAAUUAGUGGCGUUGCCUUUGCCUCCUCAUGUAAACCGUGUCGUGCCGGAACCUAUAGCCAAGGAGGAGCUCGCUCAUGUCUCGACUGCCCCGAAAAUCACUUCUCUGAACGCGAGGCCCACUCUUGUACACCUUGCAACAAUAUAACUGAGUUUUCACCACGAGCGUCCCCUACCUGCGUCACGCGAAAACUGUGUACGCACAACGACUACUAUGAAACACGUACUCCAUGUGAUUCCAAUAAUCAGACGCAAGAAGUUUACAAGUGGCUUCAGCCAAAGAUUUGUCGUGAUGAUGUUCCUGAAGCAAUGCGUUUACCUCCAGCAAGUAAGAAACAUGAGUGUCCACCCUGUAACCCAGGAAUGGAUUAUCGCAAUGGCUCUGCUUGUGAAUUCUGCCCUAGAGAUACGUAUUCAGACGGGAAGAAUGGCUGUAAACGAUGUCCACCUAAUACUUCUCCAAAUUAUGGUUAUCAAAUUCACUAUUGGACAGAAAUGCCGAAGAUGAUGAGUGCUGCAUGUAUGGAAGUUGAUGGGUCAAGCUGCAGCAGUAGUGACAUGGGUUGGCAUUGUGCAGGAUCAUACAUUCGUUCAGGAAAUCAUCACACAGAUGGCGCAUACCUCUUACUCUCCCUUAAUGUCGCUGGCUUUCGCAGCAAAGGAGGUGUAAGUGGUGGGCGUCGGUUAGAAGUCGGACGGAUAACCUUCAGCUUCGAACUGGAUUGUGAGAGUAAAUGUGAAUUCCUGUUCAUGCAGGGAUCAGAUUCCAAAGGAGUGACGUUGAUUCAGAGAUGGACAGAGUCGCAACCAAUACAAGAGUUCUCCCAUUCAAUAAUGCUGAAUGAUUCCUACACCUUCAGCUGGGCAUUUCAGAAGCUGCAGCUUGGUCAGAACAACAGAAACGUUAGGCUUGAAGAUGAUGUCGCAAAGAUCUAUUCAAUCAACGUGACUGACACGAUUGAUGGGGGGGCAGAUAUGUGUUUGCCAUGUCAUCAGGAUCCAGAAGAACAUGGAUGCAUACCUUGCCCACCUGGACAGUUCAUUGAUCCAAACACAACGGCUUGCAUGCCUUGUCCGCUGGACAGCACCGUGUCCGACCCUCUGGCGUAUGGAGAAGAUUCUUGUCAGCCAUGUGGACCUGGACUCACCAGCUUGGAUGGUGUUUUAUGCACGACUAAAUGUGUUUUCAUGUUUGAUGGAGCGCACUAUGAUCUCUGGUUACUGGACAAGCCAUUCCUGGUGAAAGGGAGUAGAUUAUUUACAGCUUCUGGUGCACAGUAUUACCACCUUUUUAACAUAAGUUUGUGUGGACAAUCAGCAGCUCUCUGCACAAACAACGUGUCGUACCAGAUCGAAGGCCAGACCUCCCAGGUUAAAUCCUUUGUGUGUCGGACAACUAUUGUUCCAAGUCAGUCAGCAGAAGAGGACUUGACUCUUUCGACGCAGUCUGUCACACUGGGAGACGAGUUGGUUGGUGUUACAAAAAAUGUCUCCUUCAUGAAUAUGCAAGUGAUUGAUGAAUUUGUGAAGAUGGGUCACCAUGAUGAUCUGCAUUUUUACUACUCAACACCACUUUCUACACGUUCAUGUCCUCAGGGCCGAACAACUAUAAUUACAUUACGUUGUGACCCAGACCAAAAAGGAAAUGGAACGAUUCAUCUUCCUUCAAAGUGUCCUGAUGGAACAUGCGACGGUUGUAAUUUCAACUUCUUAUGGGUCAGUGCAUCAGCCUGUCCUGUGUGCACAGAAAAUAAUUCCUGGAUGGUGAAGGGAGAGUGUGUGUACGGCAUGCAGAUGGUUCAUUACCUUCCUCCAACUAAUUGCAUUAUGCCAUCAUCGAUGCCAGCAAAGAAAAGGAUUCCAUGUACAACUCAUAUUCCCUUGGAACUUCAGAUAGUGAUUGUUGUGACGGUGGCGCUCGCCCUCUUCUUGUGCGGUCUCAUGCUUUAUUUCUGGAAGAAGACGCAACGUCUGGAGUACAAAUACAUGAAACUGGUGCAGUCGGCUGGGGGUCGUGAUGGCGAAGGGGAGACGGAACUUGCUCCGGCCGAAAGUUGCGCGCUUGACGAUGGCGAAGAGGAAGAAGUUCAAUUCAGCCAUCCCCUUACUUCUGGGAUUUUGAACCGCAUCAUGGCCAUGACCAGCAAGAGUGAAACAGGAAAUCCGUUUGAGACAAUUCAACUAACGAAGUAAAAAUGCUGUCAUCUGAUAAUUUAAUUAGAAUUCCAUUUAUUACCUGAGGGACCACUGUAAUUAAAUUAUACGGAAGUGAUAUUUACAAAGAUUAGGUCAUUGGGUUGUGCAGUGCGCC